AUGACUAUGAUAUUCAAGUCGGUGUACAGGCCAUUGGAAUUACCUUUACAUGAGACCGUUCCAUCUUUUGUUCUUCGGUUUACAUCUGAUGAGAAUGACAAUAAGAAAAUUCUGAUUCCCUCUGUGAAUACAAACCGCAGAAGAGCAUCAGCACUUAGCUUGGCGCAGGUGCGAGAAAGCGCUUAUGGCUUUGGUACUGCUUUAAUGUCUAAAGAUGUUGUUAACAGGCCUUGGAAAAAGGGUGAAGUCAUGGCUUUCUACAGCGAAAACCAGCACGAUUACUUAGUGGCUGCGCUUGGUGUAAUGCUGGCGGGUGGCGUUCCAUCUCUGCUGAGUCCUAUGUACAAACCAGAAGAGCUAAAUCACGCCUUUGAGCUAACACAUCCUCGGGCAAUACUUGCCUCUGUUCAUACCUACGAGGGUGCCAAGAAUGCAGCUGCAAAAUUUAGUCAAACUGGUGCAGGAAACGUUGAUGUAUACGUAUUCGAUGAAGAGCACGAACGAAGCAUGUAUACUCAUCUCAUCGACCCUGGGAAAAAGCUGCGUGCUUCAGGUGACAUGUCUCUUGAAACUGUGCGAAUCAAUCCAACAACAGAUGAAGCCUUUUAUUGUUUUAGCUCCGGUACUUCUGGUUUGCCAAAGGCAGUGCGCCUUUCGCACUCAAACAUGGUCACCAACACCAUUCAGAUGACAGUCACUUUGGGGGGACGUGUGAACAAGCCUGUGUAUGAUCCUAGUGAAUGGUACAAUCAGCCUGACGCCCCUGUCCACGAUGGUGAAAACGAAGUACAUUACUCUCUGCUGCCACAAUUUCAUUGUUACGGGAUGAUUACAGCGCUUAUCAACCUGCACACGAUCACGCCUGGCGUCAUUGAAGCUAAAUUCACUCCUGAAAGCUUUUUCCGCGCCGUGCAAGACUUCAAAGUCACUUUCACUUUUGUCGUGCCGCCAAUUCUCAUUGCUUUAGUCCGCUCGCCUCUCGCCGAUAAAUAUGACCUUUCAACAAUAAAGUCUUUUGCCUCAGGUGCUGCGUACUUAUCGAAGGAACUGUGUCAAAUGGUGAAUAAGCGCUAUGGAAUUAGUAUUACAGACGGAUAUGGUAUGACAGAAACAUCACCCAUUGUCUCACUUCAAACACAAAAUGACUUGAGUCUAAACAAACUCAACGUGGGACGACUUGUUUCCAACACAGAAGCUCAAAUUAUUGAUAUGAACACGAAUAAGCUUCUUGGGCCGAAUGAGAUAGGCGAAAUUUGGAUUCGUGGACCACAGGUCAUGCUUGGAUACUUGAAGAAUGAUGAGGCUAAUGCAAAAACCUUUAUUCCUCACGCUAAUGAUAAAGACAGGUUUCUCAGAUCGGGUGACAUCGCUUCAAUUGAUGAGAAUGGCUAUAUCACACUGCAUGACCGAGUAAAAGACAUUAUUAAAUAUAAUGGGUACCAGGUCGCUGCCUCAGAGAUUGAGAAAGUAAUCAACACACUGCCAUUUGUCCUAGAAUCGGCUGUGGUGGCCAAGGUGAUCAAGGAUGAUGUGUCGAACAAUGAAUUACCCUGGGCCUGUAUUGUAGCAAGACCGGAUUCGUCGCACACUGCGGGCAAUGCUCGUGACAGUGAGGUUCUUGACUACGUCAACGAGCGUGUCUCUGGCUAUAAAAAGCUUCGAGGUGUCUGCUGGAUGGAGAGCCUUCCACGAACGGCGUCUGGAAAGGUAUUAAAGAGGGAGUUGCGCAAAUUUGUAGCCGGAGAACAGUAA